AUGGAAAAUCGCAGCGAAUCCCCCCGUAAUUGCCAAUCCUGCUCGCGGAAAGACUCCGCCGAAGAUGAAAUGGUCCAGUGCGAUUCAUGCAGGCUCUGGGAGCACUUUGGGUGCGCCGGUGUCGACGAACAAAUUCGAAAAUCGGAGAACAGGUACGUUUGUAAGCGAUGUGUGAACCCAGGGGUUUCCAACGAUCAUCUCAAGGUCCCGGUCGGUGAUCCACGUAGCAAGGCGAAAGGGAGUUCGAAAACAAGUUCCAAAGGUGGAUCGAGGAAGGGAAAGAAGGCUCCGGAUCCGAAUGGCAGCGUAACAUCUAGUGUACGAGCGGCAAUGUUGGCAGAACAGCUGAAACUCAUCGAAGAAGAACGAAUGCUGCAAGAACAAGAGUUAAAAGAUCAGGAAGACAUCAAGAAGCGUCUAUUGGAAGAAGAAGAAAAUCAGUUGGAGGAAAAACGGAAGCUCGUGGAGGAAGCGAAACGCAUUCGCGAGCGCAAGCUGCAGGAAGAGCUAGAUGCGAAACGAAAGCAACAGCAAGUGAGAAGGGAAUCGCUCGAGAAACGCCAGGAAAUUGUACGACAGAUGGCCGAAGCAAGCAGCAGAAGUGGUUCGGUGGUGAGUUCAAGGCAAAAGGUACAUGACUGGCUGAAUGAUCAAGACGACGUUGGACGAUCUGACGGAAAACAUGUUGGAAUUCUAAAUCAAUCCAAUAUUUAUCGGAUUCCGGAAGACCCAGUGGAUAAUCCUGCUCAGCCACAGACUUCUGUACCACUAAAUACAUCUAACGUACGUUCGUCGUUUGUUGCACCACCCGAUUCUGUUUCACUGCCACCGUCUCCCGCAAUCCUUCCUUCACACCCCAUUCGGAUGCUGUCGCAAACCCAAAUAGCUGCUAGGCAGGUUCUGGGGAAGGAUCUACCGGUUUUUGAUGGGAACCCGGAAGACUGGCCGAUUUUCAUUAGUAACUACGAGCAGUCUACAACUACAUGCGGCUACUCGGAUGCGGAAAAUCUGGUCCGACUUCAGCGAUCACUAAAGGGACAUGCUCUGGAAUCGGUGAGGAGCCGUCUACUGCUUCCGGCCAGCGUUCCGCAUGUUAUACAGACCUUGCGCACUCUUUUCGGCAGACCGGAACUCCUCAUUCGGUCAAUGUUGCAUAGGAUCCAUCAAGUACCGCCCCCGAGACACGACCGUCUAGAGACCAUAAUGCACUUCGGUCUGGCAGUGCAGAACCUGGUAGACCAUCUCAAAGCAGCAAACCAAUAUAAUCACCUGGCGAAUCCUGUACUUAUGCAGGAACUCGUCGAAAAGCUACCCGGCUCGUUGCGACUUGAUUGGGCAAUGUUUAAAACCAAACAACAAGUUGCGACGCUCGAAACGUUCGGUGAAUUUAUGUCGAGUCUGGUAACAGCUGCAAGUGAGGUCUCCUUUUCUCUACCGGGAUUCAGCGCGAGCCAGAAGCACACCGUAACGUCAGAUACCCGGAGCAGUAAACAAAAAGGCGGAUAUACGGGUAUGCUUCAAGCUCACUCGACAGACAAAAGUCCGAACGACGGAUUUGACCCUACUCCCUCCAGUUCGAAACCCGCCAAGACGUGCCUGGCCUGUGGUAGAGUGGGCCAUAGGGUGGCCGACUGUCAUCAGUUCAUCGGGGCAACCAUUGAUGAGCGUUGGAAAUUGGUUCAGCAAAAAGGGCUCUGCCGAACUUGUCUAAACAGCCACGGAAAGUGGCCGUGCCGAUCUUGGGUAGGAUGUGGAAUCAACGAAUGCCGUCAAAGACAUCACACUCUUCUUCAUUCUCCUGCCACUUCGGAAACGGAAGUAAGCGUGUCGCCGAGUCACGUCACCUCCGGAGAUUUCCAGUGGCCACUCUUUCGGAUCGUACCGGUCGUAUUGCAUGGCCGCAACUCUUCCCAGACUGUCUACGCGUUCAUCGAUGAAGGCUCGUCGUACACGCUGUUAGAGGAUUCGGUGGCCAAGCGACUGGGUAUCACAGGAGUGCAUGAACCGUUGACACUGAAAUGGACAGGAAAUGUAACAAGGGUCGAACCCAAGUCGCAGGUUGUACAGCUAGAUAUCUCCGGCAAGGGAGUCAGCUCACGGCACACGCUUGCCCACGCUCGGACAGUGGGUCGUUUAGUCUUGCCCACACAGACCAUGAAGUAUCAGGACCUAGCACGACGUUUCCCACAUCUACGUGGACUGCCGAUUGAGGAUUACGAACUAGUGGAGCCAAAAAUACUGAUUGGCUUGGAUAAUCUCAGGUUAGCAGUUCCGUUGAAGCUGCGCGAAGGAGGAAGAAUGGAUCCUAUUGGUGCGAAAUGUCGUUUAGGAUGGAGCAUAUAUGGAUGUGUUCCGAAUCAAAAAUCACAUUCAGCAGUUGUUGGGUUUCACGUUGCUUCAGUUCGAGAUUGGGAUCAGGAAAUGAACGAUCAGCUUCGAGACUACUUCGCUCUGGAGGAAGUUGGUGUUGCAGGAAAGGAUAAUAUCGUUGAAUCACUCGAAGAGAAGCGUGCCAAGCAACUUUUGAAAGAUACGACACGACGAACGGCUUCAGGAUCAAACUUUGAAACUGGCCUGCUAUGGAGGACCGAUGAUCCGACGUUCCCCGAUAGUUACCCGUUGGCCGUUCGACGCUUGGAAUCGCUUGAGCGUCGGCUUGAACGGGAUCCAAUUCUACAAAAAUGUGUGCGCGAACAGAUCGUCGAGUAUGAACGGAAGGGCUACGCGCACCGUGCCAGUUUGACGGAAUUGACGUCGGUAGACCAAAGUCGUGUGUGGUACCUUCCCCUGGGCGUAGUUACCAACCCUAGAAAACCAGGAAAGGUAAGACUAAUCUGGGAUGCGGCAGCAAAAGUAGGCGGCACGUCCUUAAACUCUCAGCUUCUGAAAGGGCCGGAUCUUUUAACUCCGCUUCCUAAAGUCCUAUACCUGUUCCGACAAUAUCCGGUGGCUGUGACCGGAGACAUAAUGGAAAUGUUCCAUCAGAUCAACAUCCGCUCACCUGACUGUCAGUCUCAACGUUUUCUAUUCAGAGAGCAUGUUACGGAUCCUCCUAUCAUCUACGUGAUGGACGUAGCCACUUUUGGGUCCACCUGUUCACCAGCGUCGGCCCAAUACGUGAAGAACCUCAACGCGGAAGAGUUCGCCGAAGAAUACCCUCGGGCAGCAGAAGCCAUCGUUAAUAAACAUUAUGUCGAUGACUAUUUGGACAGCUUCGAAACAAUUUCCGAGGCGGUGAGUGUCGUGAACGAAGUGAAACUGGUACACGCUCGGGGCGGCUUCACCCUCCGUCGAUUUCUGUCGAACGAGCCAGAUGUCUUGUAUGGAAUAGGAGAAGUAAUAGAAACGGAGCCGAAGAACCUUGAUUUGGAAAGAGCUGGGAAAGUUGAAUCAGUGUUGGGAAUGAAAUGGUUACCGAACGAAGAUGUAUUUGUCUAUACAUUGGGCUCGCGUGAAGAUAUCCUCCAGAUCCUGAAAAAUGACUACGUUCCUACGAAACGCGAGGUAGCCAGAGUAGUCAUGAGUCUAUUUGACCCACUUGGCCUCAUCUCGUUCCUGCUGAUACACGGGAAAGUACUGAUCCAGGAGCUUUGGAUAAAGGGGACGGAGUGGGACGAAAAGAUUCCUCAAGAGACUAACGUCCGCUGGCAACACUGGAUUAGUUCAUUACAACAGCUUAACCGGUUACGGAUACUGCGAUACUACUUCCCCUGCUCUGUUCCGAAAAAUUUCGCCUCUCUUCAAAUCCAUCUUUUCGUGGAUGCAAGCGAUUCAGCGUAUGCCGCCGUGGUGUACUUCCGUCUAGAAACUGAUCAUAGUACACAUGUAGCUCUCGUCGGCGCUAAAACGAAAGUAGCACCGCUCAAAGCCCUCUCCAUUCCAAGACUGGAGCUCAAGGCGGCUGUCCUGGUAAACGUUUCUGCUGGACUGACGCGAACACUGUUCUCGCAUGGAUUCGCGCUUCCGAUCACAGGCGAUAUCACCAAUUUGUCGCUGUUCGAGUCGGAGAAAUUCUAA